ACUCUUUCAAAUCACACCCUAAUCUUAUUUUGAUCGCUCAUUUAUACUAAUUUCUGCUGCUACCUACAACUAUGGCAGAAGAGAAUAAGCACCACCACCUCUUCCACCAUCACAAGGAAGGCGAAGAAGCUGUUGACUACAAGAAGGAAGAGAAGCACCACAAGCAUCUGGAGCACCUCGGUGAACUUGGUGCUGCUGCUGCUGGCGCUUAUGCCUUGCAUGAGAAGCACCAGGAGAAGAAAGACCCAGAACAUGCCCAUAAACACAAGGUGGAAGAAGAGAUUGCUGCAGCUGCUGCUGUAGGAGCUGGGGGAUUUGCUUUCCACGAGCAUCAUGAGAAGAAAGAAGCUAAGAAAGAGGAUGAAGAAGCUCAUGGGAAGAAGCAUCACCAUCUCUUUUAACUUCAUAUAUAUUUGUAUUUGCCUGUGUUUGUGUGUGUUUAUAUUGGAUUUGCCUUUGCAUGUUCUUCCCUGUAAUAGAUGCUUCUCUUCUUUGUGUAUUAUCUGUGUCAAUGUCAAAUGUUUCUACUAAUUAAAUAAAAUUUUGUUUACUUUUAGAUUUCA